AUGAUUUCUCUAGCAGUUAUUGGAAGUAUUUUCCCAUUUUUCACAUCAAUACCACCGAUUUGUAACAAUGACGCAAUGGUGACUAAAUCCUCUGAAUUCUCUACAGAUGUAUCAUAUGAGGUGACACCUGGUCCUGCCAUGCGGAACAGGUCAGUCACUGUUAUUUUCGGCUCUCUUGUUCUGUGGGGCUUGAUCAUAUAUUUCUUGAUCUCCGAUCAACCAGUGGAUAGGGAACGGGAAACGACUAGAAUAUCAAAUCAGAUUAGCAAACUGGAAAGAAGAAUAAAGCAAGAAAUAGCAUUGAAUAAGGAACUCUUUGACAGUAUCAGCGAAGUUAAGCAACGUAAGAGAAAGAUAAGUAUUGUAAAUACGAAUACAGAUGAGAAACAAGGGAGAGAUACGAAUCGUGUUGACGAGGACAAGCUUUUCCUUGAAAAGGAGAAAAAGGAUGUAGAUAAUAAUAUUAAUAAUAAUAAUAAUAUACAGCAGUUGCAAAUAGAGCCUGUGUAUUCGAGCGAAACCUCGUACAAUGUUCCUAUAAAGGGAAAGUUACCAAACGGAUCUCCAAUAAUAGCAGUUUUGGUGUUUUCUUGCAAUCGCAUUACCGUACAGAGGUGCCUCGAUCAACUGAUCAAGUACAGGCCCAGCAUAGAGCAAUUUCCAAUUAUCGUUUCAGAAGAUUGCCAGCAUCGACAAACUGCUGAUGUUAUCGCUAGAUAUGGAAAUCAAAUUAUGCAUAUACAACAACCUGAUCAAUCAGACAUCGAGGUACCUCCGAAAGAAAAGAAAUUCAAAGGGUAUUUCAAAAUCGCGCGUCACUAUGGAUGGGCUCUUAAUUACGUAUUCUUUCAACUUAAAUAUGACACUGUGAUAAUAGUCGAAGAUGAUUUGGACAUAGCCCCAGAUUUUUUUGAAUAUUUUUUGGGCACAUAUCCUCUAUUAGUAUCUGAUAAUUCCCUGUGGUGCGUGUCUGCGUGGAAUGACAAUGGUAAAGCUGGACUAGUUGACGAAAACGCAGCGGAUGUGUUAUACCGAACGGAUUUUUUCCCUGGAUUAGGCUGGAUGUUAACGCGUCAAUUAUGGGCUGAACUCUCGCCGAAAUGGCCAAAAUCAUAUUGGGACGAUUGGAUAAGACAACCUGAACAACGUCGAAAUAGAGCCUGCAUUAGGCCGGAAAUAUCUAGAACCAGAACUUUUGGCAAAACGGGAGUGAGCAAGACAAUUAUGAUAUAAAUUUCGUGAAUGAAGUGUAUCAAUCGACGGUGGUGAGCUUUUCGGAAUUGAAAAGUGGGAAAGUUGUGGCACCUGGCGCCGUACGGAUUCCUUAUUAUUCCAGACAGGCGUAUAAAAACACUGCUAAGCAGUUUGGACUAAUGGAUGAUUUCAGGAGUGGUGUACCAAGAACUGGCUAUCGUGGUGUAGUCACAUUCUUUUACAAGGGAAGACGAGUACAUCUAGCGCCCAGUGCAAAUUGGAAUGGUUAUGACACAACAUGGAGCUAACAAAAGAUUCGACACUACAGAUUAUUUUUUUUUCUUAGACCUAAACGACUAAUUGCUUCCAUGAUGUUCGUUAAAAUCGAAUGAAUAUUUUAACUACGUUGAAGACAUACAUGACACGAACAUUUAUUAGUUAUAAGUGUUACAAGACAAAUUUGCAAAUCUUUCGUUGCAAAUGCCAACGAGUUCGUCAAGAAUAACGGCUGCUUGUAAUCUUUCUUGUAGAAAAUUCCUCAGUGAAGUUUGGAUAAAUAUUGUUAUGUAAUAAGAGAUUUGCAUAGUGCCUCAAAACUUAUACCCACCGUUUGUAUACAAAGUGCAAUGCAGAUCAUGAUAUACGAGAAAACUACUUUGAACGUGAACACGCGAGAGUGACGAAGUAGCGUUUCAGAAUAUCAUGACUAUGAAAUAUUGUAUACUGAAUUGUAAAAUGACUGACGAAAAAAGAUUUAGAUUAUUCGUGCAAUUUGGUUUUAUCGGUAUUCCAUUCGCUUCCACUUUCUUCUUUUAUUUUAUUUAAUCCAAAUAUAAAUGAAAUAAUUUAUUUAAAUAAAUUCCAGAAUUCCUGGUCCUUGUCAGUUAUAUUUAAAGUUUCUUAAUUCAUUCACUGAAAUUUCCUACUUCACCGGAAAUUUAACGGUUCUUUAUUACAUAGGUCCGAAUUGCACGAAUUAUCGGAAGUCUCCUUAUCAUGUACAUAAUGUUUAUAUUAUAUCAGGUGUAUAUAUAUAUAUAUAUGAUUUGAAAAAAAUUCAACGUUUCAGCUAAAUUCGUUCUUGUUGCUUAUUUCUAGAAUAGGUAAAGCAUUUAUUUUCGUGUAAUAAUCGAGAAGUCAGGAAAUGGAAGGUGCGCGAUUUCGUUAAAUUGUUUCCGAUGUUAUUUAAAAAGUGAAGCAUAUACAAGUGUAAGAUAAAUGAAUUUUGUCAUUUAGUUUUUCCAUAAUGUAACAAUAAACAAAUGUUCCAUUAAUAAUAAAAAGAUUAUACUCAAACAUUGACAUCGGCAACACUUACUUCUCAUCUUAUUGUUGCAUAUCUUACUGUUUGACAGUUCAUAGUUUGUAAAGAAGCAUACAUUUCUUUAUGCAUAUAUCUUCUUUAUACUUGUUUAUUUAUAUUCUUAUAAAGAACAAAUACAAAGCUAUUAUAUAACAAUAUUUGUUCUCUCAAGCUUGUAGUAUAGUUUGACUACAAAACUUGCAAUUAGUACUAAAUCAAAAUUAGAGGCUGAAACCAGAUGCACCUUGGUAUUUUGGAGGAGGAUAUGGUGGAGGAACUGGAUCAGGCAAUCUAUCUGUAAAUCUUUCUGGUUCUGGCUCUGGUUUUGGUCUUGGUGAAUCAUGUACUCUAGCCUCGCAAAAAUACCCAAAUGGUGGUCGUUCCAUCUUCAAAUUUCUCAACAUACAAUCGUCAAAUGUUUUUCUGGUUUUGCUGCAAUGUCGGUCAUCGGUGCCUGUCGCAGAUGUGUCUACGACACAAUUUACAUGUGCUUCGAAUUCUUUUCCACAGUGUUUUUUGAUCUCCUGAAAUCCUUCUUUUGCACACUUGGUUACAUCUUUGCCUUCCUUCAGGCAUUUGCGGGGAUCUUUCAGUUCAUAUCUACAUAGCAUGAAUUCCUAAAACAUUCGCAUUUCUUUCCAAGAAAAACAGCAGCGGCAGCAAUGUAUGGCCAGCUAAUGCUCAAUUCCUCGGUAGUUAACUCUUCGUCCGAAGGAAGCGCGAAAAUUUUCGAGUUAGUCAUACUGAAUCUCACUGGUAGAUUGUAGUGCAAUGGUGUGACAUCUACGACCGGUUACCAUAAUGUAACGACCAUGGCUCCGUCUGGCGCCCGUCUUAGCAGUGCGCUUUAUUCAACAUUUGUAAGUUUCAAAGAGUAGUAGUUACUGCUAACAACAAUCUUAGGUUAGAAAUCCACCUCAUCGAAUUCCUUGGGCGUUGCCGCUCUACUGAUGAGUCUUUUCCUCUCUCGCGUCCUCUAAGUGUCGAGCACUCGCGCUCUUUAGCUGCAGGGUGGACGCUGCUGCUUCAUUAAUUAAUCGAACAUAAUCUUAAAAACAAUAAUUAAGUGAUUAAGUGAUUCAUCUUAGACGUAACUUUAGUCUCACUUUAUGUUAAAGAUACUGUUAAAUAUUACUACCUAACUUACGUUUCAUUAAACAGUAAAACCUAUAGUGCUUUCAGUACUUGUGUUAUCUAUGGCAGUACAUUUAAAAUCUGAAAUUAAGAACGCGUCAUUUGAAGGUAGGGAAAAAAUGAAAGAUUGGAAACGUUGAACAUUUAAAACAAUUGAAUAUUUAAAAUGUUUGAAUAUUUAAAACAAUUGAAUCUUGUUUCAAACUACGAUCCACAAUGUGAGAAAUACGAAUUGAGAUUUAAGAGAAAUAAACCCCCACUCUAAGAUGAUCCUCGUACUACGUUUCAAAAAUCACCGCGCAUGCGCAAUGAUGAAAGAGGAGAUAUAUACGGAAUUCGAAUUCUGCAAUAAGCCUGCAAUAAAUUGAACUUUUUUUACAAUUAAAUAUAGAUUAAAAAAUAUUACUUUUAUUUAUAGCAUCACAUAAAUAAAUAUUAUUACAAUAAAACAUCAAUUUUAUUACAUGCUCGAUAAAAGAGAAUUCUUACAUAAUUAUGCGUAAAAAUAAAUGAAUAACUAUUAUAAGAAAAUAUUUAUUAAUCUGAUUAUGCGUAUUUUUAUUUUAAAGAUAUUUUUUUCAAAAAAAAAAAAGGCGAUAGUGCUGCAAUUGAUUUUUAACAAAAUUAUAAAGUUACAUAUGAGACAAAGUUGAGUACCACUGCAGUGAUUGUGCUGUCAUGGCGGAGGAAUGUUUCUUCGUGUUGUGUUAAAAGCGACAUAAUGUCUCCUGGAUUGCAAACUUUCUGGACAAUAAAUUUUUGAAUCAUUGUGCUGAAUAAUAAUCUACAGCCAUGAGUGAUAAGAGGCAACAGAAUUUAUCGAAGGAAGAAAUAGCAAAACAGUUUAUGCUACCAGAGAGGAAAAGUAAAAUUGCUACUUUAUUGAAACAGGAUGGACAAGCGUAUUGCAUCUGCAGAAGUUCGGAUAGCUCACGUUUUAUGAUCGUUGCAGAGAAGAGGACCCAACUUUGAUAACACGUUACAAGCCCCGAAGGGCAGAUCAGGAAGAUCGUAAGUAUAAGAAACACAAGGAAAAGGAAAGAGCACAUCGGUAUGAAUAUGAUGCACCCUGGGAUCCUACGACAGUAAAAAAGUCAUUGAAACGUUGCGGAGAAUGUACUGGUUGUUUAAGAACAGAAAAUUGUGGAAAAUGCGACGCAUGCAGACAUUUGAAAAAAUUUGGACCUUCAGUCAGAUUGAAGCUUAGAUGUAUCCAAAGGACUUGCAGGGUAUUGGGUGAUCCACUAAAACCAUCAAAAAGUUUUAACAAAAGUUCCAAAUUUAUUAAGAAACGAAAAAGAGACUCCAGUAACGAGAGGAAUGAAUAUUUGGAAGCACCAAGGCAUUGUUACGGACCCGCUUGUACAAAACAAUCACGAGCAGGCAGUAAAUAUUGCUCUGACGAGUGCGGCUUGAAACUAGCAACUAACAGAAUUUACCAAGUGUUACCUCAACGCAUACAAGAAUGGUCAUUGACGCCGUGUAUCGCGGAACAGAACAACCGAAGGCAAUUAGAAAUGGUCAGGAAGCAACAGCAGGACGUUAGAAGAAUACUUCAGGAGUUAGAUAAGAGGCACGCAGAACUAGAUAGAAUUGUCGAACGCGCCAAGCAUGCAACAAUUGAUCCCCAAGCGGAAGUAGACGACAACGACGACACGGAGAUGAGCAUGUAUUGCAUUACUUGUGGUCACGAGAUUCAUUCGAGGACUGCCAUCAAGCACAUGGAAAAGUGUUUUAACAAGUAUGAGUCUCAAGCAUCCUUUGGCUCAAUUUUUAAAACUCGUAUCGAAGGACAAGUAAUGUUUUGUGACUUUUACAAUCCCGCGAAUCGAACUUACUGUAAAAGAUUGAGGGUCCUUUGCCCUGAACACUGCAAGGACCCAAAAAUCAGUGAAACUGAAGUGUGCGGUUGUCCGUUGGUUACAAACGUGUUCGAUACAACUGGUGAAUUCUGCCGGGCGCCGAAGAAGAGCUGUGUGAAACACUACGUUUGGGAGAAGCUGAGACGAGCGGAAAUCGAUAUGGAAAGGGUGAGACAAUGGUUGAAAAUAGACGAACUUGUCGAACAGGAGAGGCAAAUUCGAGCAAAUAUGGCUACUAGGGCUGGUGUUUUAGCUCUAAUGCUUCAUUCUACGUAUAACCACGAAUUAAUGGAACAAAUGACGCAAGAACAAAGCAGAGAACAAUUACAAGCUAUGGAAGAAGAACUGCAACGAAGAUACGGCUUGCUCCAAAAAGAACACGCAGCAGAAUAAUUAUUUUCGUCGUUAAUGGCGUCUUGUAACUGAUGGUAUGCUGAAUUUUCUAACAUAUCUCCACGACGUGUUCAAUAUUGUAUUUAUAUUAAUGUGUACUGUACAAUGUACAAUGAAAAAUAGAAGAGUUUUUUAACGGAUAAGAGAGUCACAGUUAAGAAUGAUUUUGUAACAAUACGAUGAUAAAUUUGUAAAAUAGAAAUUACUGUUAAGAUAUAUUAUAGAAAAAUUCUUUUUGGAUGAAUUGAAUAUUACAGUUACUCGACCAUUGAGAUUUCAUUGAAAAUAAAAUUGUUCAUAAUGAAAAAGGAAAGGUUACUGGAGCAAAAACGAUACCGAGAUAGCGGUUUAACGACAACUUUUGCCAUAGUAAUGUACGAUUGACUUUGCUUGAUAUAUAAUGAAACCAACGAUUUGCUGAUUGAGAGAAUCAAAGGGCGUUCGUCACAAAAAUGAAGCUGCAAAAAAAAAAACAUAGCAAAAAUUGUCUCUGGUUUGACUUUGUAUAAUUGUGUAUUCCUCUUUAUUUAUAACGUUCAAUUAAACUUUUGUAAAUUCAAAUUUAUAAUAUAAUUUUUCAUUAUCUAUUUUAGUGUUCACAAUAUAUCAUUUCACAUUAUAUGAUUGCACAUGUGAAACAAAUCAAUAACUCGUUAUAUGAAACAUAAUUCCAACGUUUCUAAAAUUUACCACACUUUAACUUCAAUAAAUAUAUUACUUGCUUAAUUUUAACCAGUUAAGUUCCGACUCGUCGCUAGAAAGGAUACUCUCUCAAAAUACUUCUGAAUUACAACAAGUUCCAAUCAUAACACAGGAUAUUACAUAUUCUGGCACAGUAUAACUCUUCAGUUUUAUUACUGUUGUAUAUACAUAUAGAUAUAUAUAUA